AUGGGCUUGCCAAACUCCAUAACUGUUGAUGCUUAUAGGUCUCCACCAUACUUGGAAGCCUCUACGGGGUUGCCAAGCACCUUACUUGGUGAUGCUUAUAAGCCUCCAUCAUACUUGGAAGCCUCUACAGGUUUAUCAAACACCAUACCUGCUGAUGCUUAUAGGCCUCUACCGUACUUGGAAGCCUAUACGGGGUUGUUAAACCCCAUGCCUGCUGAUGCUUAUAGGCCUCCACCAUUCUUGGAAGCCUCUACGAGGUUGCCAAACACCAUAACAGGUGAUGCUUAUAAACCUCCACCAUACUUGGAAACCUAUACAGGUUUUCCAAACACCAUACCUGCUGAUGCUUAUAGGCCUCCACCAUACUUGAAAGGCUCUAUGAGGUUGCCAAACACCACAUCUGGUGAUGCUUAUAGGCCAAUCUCUACGUGGUUGCCAAACACCAAACCCAAUAAUGUUGCUGGCGGGAGCUCUACAUCUGAUACAUAUCAAUUCGCUGAUACUGUUCCAGCAACUGAACAAUACUGA